AUGACGAUCGACGGCAAGAAUCCGGUUCUUUCCCUUCGGAACAUUCAUAAAUCCUUUGGAUCGAUUGAAGUUCUGCACGGGAUCAAUCUGGACGUUGCAGCCGGAGAAGUCGUGGCGCUUCUUGGCGAAAAUGGCGCUGGAAAAUCUACUUUGUCGAACAUCAUCUCCGGGACGAUCCUUCCAUCGUCAGGCGGGAUGACCUGGCUGGGUGCACCUUACGCACCCGCCACACCGCGUGACGCAAUUGAUGCAGGGGUCGCGAUGAUCCACCAGGAGUUAAUGCUUCUGCCGCACCUGUCGAUUGCAGAGAAUAUCUUUGUCGGCCGAUAUCCCAUGAAGGCGGGUCGGCUUGACCGCGGAGAAAUGGAUCGGCGUGCACAGGCAGGGCUGAAACGCCUCGGUCUUGAAAUUUCCCCGCGCCGUCCUGUGGAAGGACUUUCGACGGCCAGUCAGCAGUUGAUCGAGAUUGCCAAGGCGCUGACGUUGAAUGCGAAACUUCUCAUACUUGACGAGCCGACGGCUGCGCUGGGCAGUGAAGAAACAAAGCUGUUGUUCGAGCAGAUCGAACGAUUGAAAUCGGAAGGUGUCGGGAUCAUCUACAUCUCCCACCGGCUGGAGGAGAUCAAACAGAUUGCCGACCGUAUCGUCGUCAUGCGUGAUGGCGAGAAAGUUCAGGAAUUCGAUUCUGCCGACGUUCCCAUCCGCACCAUAGUUGAGGCGAUGGUCGGGCGGAGCAUGGAGCAGAUGUUCCCGCCACUGGCCAGACCAGAGGACAGCCAGGUCUUGAAAGUGUCGGGCUUGACCUCACCCACCGGCCGAUUCCGGGACGUGAGUUUCUCUGUGCGAAAGGGCGAAAUAUUCGGCAUCGCCGGACUGGUUGGAGCCGGUCGCACGGAGCUCGUUCGUUCCAUAGCCGGCGCGGAUCCCAUUCAGACGGGAACCGUCGAGUUGAACGGGAAAGAUAUAACGCCGAAAUCUCCCGGACAGGCAAUUCGCAACGGCAUUAUACUGGUUCCCGAGGACCGCAAGCUUCAAGGCGUGAUCCUCGAUCAUUCCAUUCAGGAAAACAUCGCCUACUCCAACUUCGAAUCCGUCAGCAAAUCCGGAUGGAUGUUGAACCGGCGGGUGAAAAAAUUCGCGAGCGAAAACAUCAGGAAAUUUGGCGUCAAGGGAAUUGGCAGCCAGAUGGCCAAUGAAAUGUCCGGCGGCAAUCAGCAGAAAAUAGUCAUCGCAAAAUGGCUCGCCCGAAAUCCGGACGUCGUUCUGCUCGACGAGCCGACCCGUGGCAUCGACGUCGGCGCGCGAUCUUCAAUUUAUGAACUGAUCCACGGCCUGGCCGCGCAAGGUGUCGCGGUUGUCGUUGUAAGCUCCGAUCUUGAAGAAGUGCUGGGUGUUUCCAACCGCAUCAUGGUCAUGGCGGCCGGACGGCAGGUGGGGAUCCUCGACCAUUCGGAAGCAAACGACGUUUCCGUCAUGGAACUGGCGACGGCCUAG